AUGGCGGCUUCUGCUAGUGGGAUUGCUGCUAUCAACAAUCUUCGGUUGAUUCACGGUUCUUCGUCAAGAGAGUAUAAUUUUCUUACAACCCCAAAGCCCAACAAGCUCAAAGUGAGACCUUGUGCAAGAAUUUCAGUUUCGGAGAGCUCUGGUUCUGUAAUCACAAAAAGAAACAAGUUUCGGAAUUUUAGGCUCCUGAAAUCAGUAGAAUUGGAUAUGUUUGUCACCAGUGACGAUGAGGAUGAAAUGAGUGAAGGAUUUUUUGAGGCAAUUGAGGAACUGGAGCGCAUGACACGGGAACCUUCUGAUGUGCUUGAGGAAAUGAAUGAUAAAUUGUCAGCCCGUGAGUUGCAGUUAGUUUUGGUGUACUUUUCGCAGGAAGGGAGGGACUCUUGGUGCACGUUGGAGGUGUUUGAGUGGCUGCAAAAGGAGAAUAGGGUUGACAAGGAGACGAUGGAACUGAUGGUGUCAAUAAUGUGUUCAUGGAUGAAGAACUUAAUUGAGAGGAAGAAUAAGGUUGGGGAUGUGGUUGAUCUUUUGGUGGACAUGGAUUGUGUUGGGUUGAAGCCAAGCUUUAGUAUGAUUGAGAAGGUAAUUUCUUUCUAUUGGGAAUUGCGGGAUAAGGAAGGUGCGGUUUUGUUUGUCAAAGAGAUGUUAAGGAGGGGGAUUACAUGUUUGGACGGUGAUAAGGAGGAGAAUAAAGGUGGUCCGGUUGGAUACCUCGCAUGGAAGAUGAUGGUAAUUGCUAAAUACUCUCUAUAA